CUCCCACCCCCGGAGGGAUGGCCUGCGGUGUCCUCGCGGGCCCGGGGCCGGGGUCGGGCCGGCUGGGGCCGGGCCGGGGACCUGGGUAGGAGUUCAGGCCUGGGCGACUCCGGGCUGCGCUGGACCGGCGAAAACCAGGCCCCGCGGCGGCGGCCUCUGCCUGACGUCAUAUGACGCUCCGCCCCCCGGUUAGUUCUACUGGUCCUUCUUACUAAAGCCCGCCCCUGGCUCUACUCCAUUGGUCUCUAACUUGUCCCUGCUGGGUUCGAACACAGACUCCGCCCCAGCCCCAGCUACCGGAGACUCUUUCUCACCCCAACCGAAGAACCCAGAAGACCCCAUCGGAUCUUCAUAACCCCCACUGACCAUCCUACAGACAUCUCUAGGAACCCUCACAAACCCAGACACCAACGGACCUCCCCAGAGAUAUCUGCAGGCCCUCCCCAGAGACUCUCAAAAGAUCCCGAAAAAACACUCACAGAGAUCCCUCGAAUCCCUCUUAAAAGAAGUGAUCCCUCUAGGUUUCUCUCCUCUGGAUCCAAUGCAGUCCCCUCAGGAGACCUCGCCCACCCGUGAGGUGGCCAGACUGCUGUUGCCACGGAGACUACUGGGCGUUCCGGUUGCCACGGUGACGGAUGCACUACUCCCCAGCCUGGGUUCCACAGGCUUCAGUCAAGACCCUCCCUCCUCUGGCCUGGACCCACCUCGACCCACCUCCUCCCACCCUUCAGAACUGGCCACAGCUCCUUUGCGAAUUUCCGCAGGUGUCCAAGUUCCCUCCCAAAGUCGUAACUUGCAGGCAAGGCCUCUCACCACACAGCACCCGCAGCCAGGGCUCAUCUACAAUCAAGUGCCUCCUCUCCCUUGGGGCCAACAUUUUCUUUUCCCAGCUUCAGACAAGAUCCUGAUCUAAGGAUUUGUAACAGCUGAAACAAAGCCCAGAGAUGGAAGCAGACAAGGGCACAGAAGAGACUCAUGUCACCACAGAGGAUGCAGAAGAGCACCCUUCUUCAAAGGACCCCACUGCUGAGGACUCACAGGAGCCCCCUAUCCCUGAAAUCCCCUUAGAGCCCCUUGCCUCCAAAUCUCAUAUAGUGCCAUCCACUUCCCAGAUCCCUUUAGAGACCCACACCUCUGAAACCCCUUUGGAGCCUUCCAUCCCUGGGACCCCUUUAGCACACUCUGCCUCUGAGGUCCCUCUGGAGACUCCAAUCUCGAAGGUCCCAGAGAAAGACCUUACUUUUCAUACUUCAUCACGAAGCCCUGUCCCUGGCUCUUCCUCCAAUGAUCUGAAGAAAGACCUCCUCUGUCACUCUCCGUCCAGUGAGGACACCUCUGAGUCCGAGGGCCUUCAAAAGCACCCCCUUUCAGGCCCUCCAGCCCAGGUGCACCUGGACACAUCUGCAAAAGAGAGGGAAGAGGAAGAAGAGAGCAAGAAAGGGGUGAAUGCCACUGACAGAACCACUCACAAAGCACAGCAUGAACACCAGCAGGGCAAGAAGAAGAGGAAGAAAGGAGUCAGCCGUUAUGCCGUACACCCAGUGGUCCCUGCUCAGCAGGCAGAGCUGGGAGAAGCAGUGAAGGCAGUGCACAGAGAGAAGUGUGGUGCUCAGGUGAAUUAUCUUUUCCAGUGGGAGAAGGAUGCAGCCCUGAAUGCCAUCCAGACAGGUCUCUAUAUCGGCUGGCGCUGCCCCCAUUAUCUAUGGGACUGUUUCCGGAUCGGGGAGGAGUCCAAGUGCUUUUGUGGACACUUGCUGAGAGAGCACCAGAUCAUCUCAGUGUGGGCCAGUGCCGCUGCCUCGUGUUCUGCUUUAUCCCAUCACGCCCAGAGGAGGUGGGUGAGUUCUGGCUCAAAAGACGGGCCACCUUUGACCCCAGGGCUUGGAGGGCCCAGUGUCGCUGCAAACACAGCCACGAAGACCACGCAGCUACCGGGUCCCAUUCCUGCAGGGUCAGAGGCUGUUGCUGCAGCUGCUUUGAGUCUAAUUUCCUCUGUGCGGCCUGUGACCGGCGCUGGGAGGAACAUGAAACUUUCUUUGAGACCGAGGAGACGCGGCGGCGAGGAGGGAGGCCUCACGGAGCAGACCACACGCCUUUCGCAGAGAUGUCUACCCUCCGAGAGGCCAUCAGCAACAACUCUGACUCGGAGGCCCCCCAGAAGCAGGCGCCCUCUGACCAUCCCCACUCCUACCCUAGUCCCCCUGGGCUCCCACCCACCGUCCGGCCUGGCCCCAUGUCUGGGCCCCGUACCUGACCCUUUGACCUCUGCUCUUCCCUCCUCCAGGGACAGACACUGUCAAUGCCUGGUGCAGGCCUCUGUGAUCCACAAUAAAAGGAAAGCCACUGGCAGCUGCCUGGUUCUGUGUGAGGCAGAUAGAGCUCCCCCCCAGGGAUAGGCUCCUUCGGACCUUCGAGUCCACACCACCUACUGAGGCGAGAGAGCAGACCAGGUGGGAGAGAGGCUGGAUCGGGUCAUCCGCCUCCUCCACACCCACAUUCAAGAAGGGAGGGGAUCUCAAGGAUAGAGUGAGCAGUGAUGUUAGAGACAGCCGGGGGCUCCAGUUAAGACAAAGGCUGAAAAGUGGCCACUGGAUUUUGCAAUGAGAAGGCCUCUGGUGACUUUAGCGAGAGUAGUUUCAGUGGUGCAGUGGAGGCAGGAACCAAACAGCAGUGCGUGUGAAGGAAUUUUUGUAAGAAGCUUAGAUGAAAAGAGCAGGGAAGAAGUCAGACAAUAGCUACAGGGGGAUGUGGAGUCAAGCAAGCAUUUUUUCGGAGGAAAAAGGGAGGGGCCAGUAGAGAAAAAGACCUUGAAGGAUGCAGAAGAGAGAGAUGCCUGGUGAGGCCAGAUCCCAAAGAUGGAAGAAAGGGAUGAGGUCAAGGCACAGGUGAAGGGAUUCACUCUGGACAGGAGAUACCACUCCCUAAGGGAAGGAGGGAAGGAAGGAAGGAAGGAGCCUCCACUGAGCUACAGUGAGUAGGAUCUUGUGGAAAUUCCCCUGUAAAGGAGGAGACAAGGUGAGUUGCUGGUGAGGGAGGAGAGAGAGAAGAGUGGGCAGUAGGAGACGGGAAGAGAGCAGUAAAGGUUUGGAAAGACGAAUGAGAGGCACUGGAGAAAAACCUAACCAGUGGGUCAUUCAGGUACAGGUGGAAACAGGAACCUAGUUAGAGAAGCAAAGAAGCCAAAUAUUUAGAUUAAUGGGUGGUGAUGGGAAGGGUGGCAGGGAGAAUGAUCAGGAAAAUAAGGCGAAAGACCAGGCAGAAUGGCCAUCAUCAAAAAGUCGACAAACAGGGAGUUCCCUUGUGGUGCCAUAGGUUAAGCAUCGGGUGGUGUCACUGUAGCAGCUUGGGUCACUCUGUGGCACAGG